GCGGCAUUUUACUCCCAUAUUUUUUCUUAGUGUUUGGUCAGUAAAGUGCAGUGUAAAAAAAAAAAAAUUGCAGAAAUUGUAGGAAAAAUUGCCUUUUUUGUGACCUAGACUUGUCUCAAACGCAACCCGGAAAACCGAGCAUUCGAUAUCGGCCAAAGGAUGGACGAAGAAACACCGGAAUUGUUAUUUUUCGACACAUUUUCCCACGACACUUAUGAGAAAUUAAAUUUGGACCUGGUGCAGUUCCCGAAGCCGGUGUACAUCACCGAGGUACGCAUCAUUCCACUCGGUGCCCGAGUGCAGGCGGACUUCCCCGGAGGGGUUCGGCUGGGAGCCACCAAUCCGUCGCAGUUCAAAAUCGAACUGUUCGUGAAUGAUUUGGGCAAACCGGGUGCGCCGACGUUCGAGUGCCUGGGGGAUUUCGAGUACAACCAGAACAAUUGCAUCCAUCUGGAGUGUGGCAAGCCGGACGAUGGAACGCGUCGCAUCCCUACGGAUGGGCUAGUGUUGAAGGGAUUUUACACCACCAUUACGCUGGCGGUGUACGGAAUUUUGACGGCGAACAUAGCGGAACCGAUAGUUUCGCCGAGGGAAACAACGCCCCAGCCGGAUCCGGUGCGGGCGGCUGAGAUUGGACCGGUUGAUGGACCGGUGGGGAUUGCGGAGCCACCGGAGGUGGCACAAGAAUGGGUUGAGGAGCCGGUGUCGGUGGUUCCGACGGAGGUUUUUGUGCAGAAGGAAUACCCCGAGGCGGACGGAGAGGAUAUCCCCAAGGAUCCGAGGCUGUACGCGAGGCGGGUGGCGGCUGGAACGGCCGCCGUCGGUGUGAUCCCGGCCGAACCGAGCUCACCGAAACCGAUAGAGUGUGAAGUUAUCGACAAACGGGGAAAGCGUGUGUCCAGAUCGACGGAAAGGCAGAUGCACUAUGAGCCGACCAUGCGCUCGCGUGGGAGGAGCCAUGAGUAUUCACGUUCCCCAAGUUUGUGCAAGGACUAUCAGACCCAGAAGCGGGAGUGGUCCAGGAGUCCGGAGUAUGGAAGCAGAUCGCGCCGCAUUCGGAGCAGUUCGUACGAUCGUAUCCGGCGUGGUUCGUCGUAUGAUUUGGAGAAAGAGGAACGUCGUCGGCCGAGAUCUCCCAUUGAUUCGCCACGCCGUCCGCGGUCUCCGGAUCCGCUGGAUUCCUCGAAUGAGUUUGAUGAUGAUGAUUUUCGGCACACUUCCUCGGCGGGACAUAAAUACGAGAAGCGUGCCUCUGAGGGGAGGAUGAAGGCAACGGCGGGCGGAGGGAAUGCUGGAAGUCCUGUAUCUGCAUCGGCCACCCCUGUGGCUUCGCCAGCUCUGCUGCCCGAGGAUGAUGCGAUGUCUUCGACCGAACAGUUCGAACCGAUUCUGAGCGAUGAAGAGAUUCCGGAGGAUUAUGAUUACGAUAUGGAUUACGAUUCGGCGGAGGAAUGCUACAAGAGCUUCAAUCCGUUUACGGCGGUGCUGAAGAAGUUUGUUGCGGCUGAUGAAGCUGCGUUACAUCUGCCGGGUGUGAAGCAUCUGGAGAAUAUUCUGAAGAACAACAAAUACAACAAACUGUCUACGGUGGAUUUCGGAACGGAAUCGGGCGACUUUAAGGAAGGAUUUGUCGAUUAUACCGAGCAGGUGGUCGGGCUGCUGAAUCAAAUUUUCGUUCAGGCUGAUUUCCGAGCAAAGUUUGAGCGGAUUCUGGAGGAAUGGGUCGAACGGAAGAGUGAUGGGGCUGAUAUUAUGUUGAAUUGUAUUAAGCUGGGGCUGGAUGUUGAUCGGGCAAUGACGCAGCCUCAACCGGCGUAUAAAUUGCGCCACAUGAAGGCCGGAAUCCGUCUGACGGAGUUUCUCGGCUCGACCGAUGUUUUUAUCAAAGUGAUUUUGGAACAGCAUGAUUUCAAUAUUUUCGAUAAACUGCUUGGUCUGUACUCGCAAAGCUACAUGGCCCUUUCCAUCAAGCUGAUGAUCAUUCGAUCGAUUUACUCGUGCUUGGAUACGAAGCGAGGUCUGGACUAUUUCCUCAGUCCGGAAUACAAUGGCUAUCAGAUUUUGCUUGAUCUCAUGCUGGAAAAUCCCUCCACGAGGAUUAGCUUCGCACUGAAAUCACUUCUGAAGAAGAUAAACAUGUACGAGAAUCUGGACCUUAUCCGGAGCACGGUAGCAGAUAUGUACGGGAGGCGUAGCGAAUCCACCUUCAAAGCGGACAUUUCAGCACUGUCAGUGAUGGAGAACUGUUUCACGGAGCUGACAAAGGCGCUCACGUGGGAUGCGAUCGCGUUUAGCCAGCCCAAACGGUUCCUUCCCGUGUCGGCGAAGUUCGAAAUCCACAAAGACAUCCGCUCUUCGAUCACAGCAAACCGUAGUUUUGUGGCAUUUUUCAACAUUCACAGCCUACUGCAAACGAUCAUUUUUCUACUCGAGAUGAAGAUUGCCUGCUCUUCGCUGAUUGGGGCGGUUUAUGAUUUUCUGGCAGCACUGCUUAAAACGCAGCAAAAGCUGCACUACUUCAUGGAACACAUUGAGAUGGUCAAUGUUCUGCUGAAGAUCCUAUUCCAGCACUGUCCCGUCGGGGAGGAUACCCAUCCAGAAGAUUUGCUACACGAACUGACGCGCGGACAGCAGCUGGGUUUGGAAAUGUCCUACAAGCUACAGACAGUUUACCAUCUGGAUGCGAUUGGCCGCACAAAGAAUGACUUGGACACGCUUGUGGAGCAUCUGCAGUCACUCUUCCACCUGACGAGUAGCUUUGGAAAACGCUACGUUGUGGAGGUCAUCUGCCUGGAGGACAACAUGAAGCUGUUUUUGGAUUUGAUCGAGGCCGAGAAACGGGUCCUCAUGAAGGAUGGAUCGCCGGGAGUGAAGCACAAGUCUCCGGUGCUUAGCUACAGCGUAGAUUUGGUGGAUUGCGCUGUCCGACACUGCGACAAUGCGGGUUAUUUGGUGAAUCACGGCGAGAGCCUUUUGAACCUGGUAAAGCAGCACGAGCAGUUCGAGUCCUCGGUAAGCGCAAUGCUUCAGGAGAUGGCGGUUUAUUUGAAACCGCUGGAAUUGCCCGGCCUGUUUAGCUAUGAAGAUAUCAAUCCCCUGGUUGAGCUUAUGAAGCGCAGUCUCGAGUUCAUCACAACCUUCCCGGGGGACCUUGUGAUGGCACUGAGGCUGCUCCGAUUCCUUGGCAUUCCCGAGUACGAUGGACAAGGGCAUCCGAGCCAUAUCGAGCUGAAGUACAAGUACACCAUCUUACAGUUCUAUUCGGCUGAUGGGAAAACCCUGUUGGUUUCGAUCCUGGAGAAGCUCAACACAUACUUCGAUCAACCGGCAAUUCAUGCGUCCAGUUUGGCAAGUUUGCAGGGAGUGCUGCUGACUCAGAUUCUGACCCCACUGGUUCAAAUCCUCCGCAAAGUAAUGACCUACCUGAUCGAAUGUCGCAACACGGAAUUCAAAGAUCUGUCCGUUAUCGAACCACUGCUGAAAACUUACGCUCUGAUGCAGAGCGUUCCGGUCGGUGCCGCCGCGAUCGGUGACGCUCGCGAAAUUCAAAAGGAUAUAAUCAAAAUACUGCUCACCUUUACCCAGCCAACGCCCACCGAUGGUCUCGACACGAACAACAUCCACAAAAGUCUGUGGACUCAAAUGGUGGGAGAGCUGGUAAAAUUUAUCCUAUACGGCCCCAACUAUUUCAUCCCCGGGUUGCUGGUGUUUUCCGAGCUUCUACCACUCCCACUUCCGGUACAAUGUCGCCACGAGCUCACACCGGUUGAGAUCAGCAAACUCAUCAACGAACGCCAGCUGUGGUCCGCUCAUCUCCACCCCCAGAGUCCAGCCAUCACCGAGAUGAUCCAAACCAUUUGCCCGUCCAGCUACACUCCCCUGUUGGUGAUUUUCAGCCGCGUGUGUCUCCAGCUGUCGGAUCUGGCGCCCAACAUGACACUGCUAAUCUCGAAAGCCAUCACCGAUUUGAUCGUGCAGGAAACGCUGCUCCCGGGGGGACUCGCCAGCACUUCCCACGCUCGGCUGUUCAGUUUCCUCGGCAGUCUGGUUUGCCACGCGUCGGUCAAGAUUUCCGUCCUCUCGAUCCUCUCCGGGCGCAUUAUGGAGCUGAUGACCAACGUGCUGUUGAAUCCGGGCCAAACGCCGGCCCAUCAGCAGACCCAGGAGAACAUCUACAUUGUGUUUCAGAAUCUACUGGAUUCGGAGUUCGCGAUGGUGUUUGGGAAUGUGGCGCCGAUAAUGCAGCUUGCCUGUUCGCUUCCCUCGAAGGAGAUCAUCGAGAGCUGCUGCACGACGAUCGCGGAGAACAUUUCCAGCGAGGAGAUUGGGACCGGGGUGCUGGGUGGGGCCGUUAGGACGAUGCUGCUGCUGACCGAGCAUGACAUCACUUUGGCGACGCUCCUCCCGGCGAUGGACAAACGAAAAGACGCCAUUUUCGCGAUCAUUCGAAAAUUUGUCGACAAGGCACGAGACAACCCGGACAAUUAUCGCCCCAUCUUCGUGCUACUGGUCGAAUUCUGGCGCUCACUGGUCAUGAUCGACGAGUCGGCUUUCGUUGGGUUUAAUCUUCCCAAGCGAACCAUUAAGCUGAGCCCAGGUCAGUUGGCAACGUUGUUGUUGUUGUUGCGAUCACCGGUCGCAAAAGAAGCCCUCCCAGAGGGUUCGCCAACGGCGGACAAUGACUGCACGAAGCUGUUGCAAGAUUUGCUGGUGAUUUUCAAAAGCGACCCCAAACCAACUGAACCAACCGAGCUGCUGGAGGGAGUAACGGAGGAAGGCUCCCAGUCGCUACCGCCACCGGUUGUGAUGCCUCCGCCGGAUAAUUUAGAGGAGAAUAUUGCGUAUCUAUUGGAGCAACUGAAGGAUGUCAAAGCUCCUCCCGGCGAGUGUCAGUUCGAUUUCGGGUCGAUUGAGUCGUUGCCCCAGGCAGAGGGAAUCGUCACUCAGUACGCGUCGCGUAGUGUUUUCAUCGUGAGCGAAGAGUUUGAGGAUCAGCUGAAGGCGAGCUAUUGGUUAAGUUUCUCCCCGUGCGAGGAAGAUCUGGAACGGGAGCAGAUUCCUUGUGACCUGCAGGAGCUGGCCAAAACGUGUCUGUCGGGAGAUAUUAAUCUGACGUCGGACUGCAAGCGAUUGCUGCAUUUGUCUGCCUCGCCGCAUUCCAAUCGAGACCGCGUGACGACCGCCCCUUGUUUCCGGACUCGGCGUGUCGAAGUGGAACCCAGUACGGGGCGGCCGGAGAAGAAGAUUUUUGCAACACCACUGCGAGGUCGUGGCUUCACUCGAGCUCCCAUUACCCGUGGCGAUCUGUUCCGAUCGCGUCCUCCGAACACCUCUCGUCCACCAUCGCUACACGUGGAUGAUUUUCUGGCGCUGGAGACCUGCGGGGCACAGCCUACGGGACCCACCGGAUAUAACAAACUGUCGCGGGAUAUUAUUACAAUCCGCGGUGGGGGUCGGAGCCGUGGUGGCCGCUCAUUUUCGGAUCGUGGCCGUUCCGGAUCCGGCUCGGGUUGGGGACAGAGUGGAGGCGGCGGCGGCGGUGGAAGUGCAUCCUGGUCCCAGAAUCACGAUGGGCCGUCCGGAUCGAGCGGUGGUAAACACUUUGGUGGUGGAGGUGGUGGCGGAGGUCACAGUCACUACCGAGGAGAGCAGUCGCAGAACCACUUUGGGGCACCCCACAUCAGGUCCCGCUCUGGUCGGGGUUUCAAUCGGUAUGGUGGGAGAAUUUAUUCACGCCCUAUUUAGGGUGGUUGUUAUAGAGGUAGUACGGGGUUUGAUCGGGAAGUAUUGAGCUUGAACGCGAGUAGUCAUUUGCUAAUUAUUACGAAUUAAAUAGUGCGAUGCAGUGAAUUCUUUUGGAAAACGAUUGAUUCCUUUUUUAAGUACAUAACUUAUGGCCAAGGAGGCUCUUAAGUUUUUUUUUCACUUAGUAGGCAGAUGCAAAUUUGACUGUAAAUGACAGUUGAAUGUCGAAAUUUUCUGUAUCAUACCGGAACUUUCAGCCGUAUGGCACCCGCCAUGUUUUUGGUGCCAACAUCUCAAACGUCACAAGUAUUUGUUUUCUUCAAAAUAGCGAUCCGCGUUGACGGCAGUGAGCUUCGUUUACUAGUUUAGGGGAGCGUCAAUGAAUAGCUGAUUUUCAGUCGGAGUGAACGUUUUCAAAAUUGAAAUUAUGAAUGAAAAUUAGCUUUUCCAUAUCAAAUUAGUAUUCUGUUUAAAUUAAAAACAUUUUUGUUUGUAGGUGGGGAAAAAGUCUCAAACGAAAAUUGUUUAUGAAGACAACUUUAUAUUAUAAUGAAAAAAAUCAGCAACCAUGUUGGAAUUGUAUGGCCAUAUGGUUGAAUGAAAGUCAGAAAUACGUGUUUCUAAUAAUUAAAUAAAAUAAUGUGAAAAUUUUCAUUCAAUUUUCAUUUUUAAAAUUUGAAAACCGGCUCCGUGUCUUCUAAUCUGGUAGAGAUUACACUAACGAUUUUGGGACCCAAAUUAUGGCUCUAACUUGAAGUCGCCACCAGACGUCGACGUCAUCGCGAAUUAUCAAUUUACCACCAUUUGACAUAUCGUGAUGUCGAUGAUGAACUUUUGCAGCAGAGGGAUAGUGAGAUAGGCGGUGACGGUAGGUAGAGUGAGAUAGCUAUAAUCGUGUCAUACACCUGGGAACUUUACGGGGUUUGCGAAAUUGUACAAAUUGCACUUCUUGAUCAAACCUCGUAUAUAUUUUUUGGCAUUGUGUUGUGUUGAACUUGAAGUGAACUGAACACACCCGAUAGUAUAAUAUCACCUGCAUAACUAUAUUUUCGAUAUUUUCAUUGUGAAUUAACUCCAGUCGCGUGAGCUACGCGACGGAUCAUAACGAGCGCUAUUGUUGCUAUCAUCAGAUUUAACAUUCAAAUUGGCGUUUUUUUCUCCCCACAAUGGCAGCUCAAAUUAGUAUUAUAGGAAAGCUUAAUAGAACUAUGAUAACUUCACGUGGAAUAGAA